ACAUGGCUGGCAUUGCUGGUUGUUGCUAAGGCCUCAGGCACUCGUGGAUUGUUUGGAGCAUGACACUUUUAAUCUCUCCAAACUUUAAUUUCCUUUUGUCUUUGGUUUGUAUGUGUAACUGAACAAUUUCAUCCAUCCAUCCGUUUUCUAUGCCUUCUAUGCUUAUCCUCUUUAGGGGCGCACAGGGGUAUGCUGGAGCCUAUCCGAGCUGAGCGUGCGGGAGGGUACACCCUGGACUGGUUACCAGCCAAUUGCAGGGCACAUAUGAACAACCAUUCACACUCACAUUCAUACCUAUGGACAAUUUAGAGUCCUCAAUGAACCUAACAUGCAUGUUUUUGGAAUGUGGGAGGAAACCAGAGUAUCUGGAGAACACCCACGCACACACGGGGAGAACAUACAAACUCCACACAGAGAUGCCCAAGCAGAGAUUUGAACUCAGGUCUUCCCAAUCACCUGACCGUGUGGACAACAUUAACUGCACAACUCAGUUAAUGAAAUCAACAUUUGCUUGCCACUUCACAAUACUGAACAUGGUAACCAUCUUGACUUUAAUGGGCAAAUGGAUGUGUUGAUGGAGGUAGACAUGUGUGUCUGCAUCAGCUUCUUGUUGGGAUGGUGGGAUUGUGCUGCAAGAUGUUUUACUGUAGAGUGCUGACAAGAAGACAGCAUGAUGAUGCUCUACAUGUCAUUUCCACAAUCGUACAUCAGACAAAUUUCAAUUUAAUCUUUGUGAUGGCCUUGGCUUUUUGGAAGGGACUUGAUAGUAAAGAUAACUGAGCAUUUUACUUCCAUAAAGAUGCCAAGCAGCUUGUUGUUUUUUUUUUAAAGGUAUAUACGGUCCAAUAGCAACAAUAACAUUGAGUUUGCUUAGAUUGAUACGAUGGUCUGUCCAAAUAUAAUCUAUAAUAUAUAAUAUAAACGGGAGACGGUGUUGAUUUGGCUUAGUUUGCUUGUAGGUCUUGCAUGAGUAUGUCACAGUCAAAACAGUAUAGUCGGAACAUAAUGAUAUAGUAAUGUUUGUGCUUAUAAAGGCCAUUUCUGGUCAUUUUUGGUGGUCAGUGACCAUUUUCCAAAUGUUUAAUUUGACAAUUGCAAUGAAAUAUAGUGUCUGCAAAGGUCUUUACCAUCCCUGAAUUUGUUUUUGACUUGCAUCUGCAAGAAAGCAGCAAUACUAUACAUUUAAUUGCUAUUCGACCGAUGCAGAUAGGUCCUAAUUAUCUGUGCAGUCAUCGCUCCCUACUCUAUUGCAGCUUUUCAAAAAUCUAUCCAUAUUUAAUUUGUGAUCGCUGUUCCGUGGUUGACUACGGUCUAUUAUUAGUCCAAAAAUAUUCAUAUUUAAGCAAACUGUAUGUAAAUCUGGCAAAAUUAGUCAUUACCUAAAUCUGCUAAAGUACAAAUGCAGUAUGACCUUAAGACCACCAACUUGUGAAUGUAGUAGUCUAGAUCAGUAACUGUUUGCGACCACCACUGAAACACCAGACUUGAACAACUUGCUUUUAUUGCAGGUUUAAAUUAUCUUACAACAGGCACAAUCAUAAUAAUAACACAAAAACCAUAAUCAUAAUAACAUGCAUUACUGUUGUGGCGGCCACAACAAGCUAAAACCCCACUCUGAACCCCACACAUCACUUCCUGUCCAUCGAUUCUACUCCCUAUAAUGUGAACUAUCUUAUAGUUAUUUCAUGUCUAGAUAAUAAUAAUGUUAAAAUGUUGAAGUUUUCUAUGUUGCAACUAUGAAAAUAUUCAAUUUCUAAAGAAGGAAUCCUACUUUGUAGAAAUUCACUUUUCACAGUCGGGUCUGGGAUCAAUUAACCUCGAUAAAGGAGAAAAUACUGUAUAAUCAAACAUUGUAAUGAGAUGAAUUAUGUCAAUGUCAUAAAAUUUAAAUAAUUCACACACAAGAAGCAUGAUGAAAGUGGAGUCGGUAUAGAUUGUGUACUGUACUAAUAGACAUACUGUACAUAGAGAAAUGCAAAUAGUAUGUCAAGUUAAGUUCACUGAGUCAUCAUGUGGUGCAGUUAAACGUGAUGAGAGUUUGCAAAUGCGAGGUUGUACAAAUGUACAGAUAACUCCUGUACCACUGUGCCAUUGAAAUGUUUUCAACGCUGUUGAAAAACUGUCAGUGGAGCACUGGCUAUGUUGAGACACGUGAGAGAUGUGAGAGACGGGUUGCAUAUUUCUGUGUACGCGUGCGCGUAUGUGUGUUUGUAUGUGAAGCCAUUAGAGGUGGUGUUGAAACAGACUCAAUGCAGUCAUGCAUGGUGUUGUUGUCAUUCUUUAACACCCCCCACCUUCUCCUCUUGUACAUGGAGCCUGACUGAUCAUAACAGUGUGUGUUUGUGCGUGUGCUGGGCUCGUCGAAGGCAACAGCGCCCCCCGCUGCGGAGCACAAAGUCAGAGGCAGCAGGUGCAGCUGACGCAAAGGCUUUCUAGCAGGCAGGGCCAGUUGGGGCACCGAGAGGGAGAGGAGCCACUGGAACUCCAGCAAACACUGAAUCAGAAUUCACAGACAGACUGGACAAAUCAAUGUGUGUUUAGAGAGGGAGAGAGCGAGAGAGAGAGGGAGACUGGACCGAAGCCAAACCACUCGACAAUCAAAAUACCUGCCUCAGUUAUGAAUGUUAGGGAACGUGCAGACAACCUGCCUCAUAUUAAACUAUGGAAUGCUCCCUGAACUCACCAUCACUAGUCUCCAAUCUUUGGACUCAACUCCAAGAGUUUAGUUAGCAGCUGUGUUCCUCCCCUCCAACUCUUUCCGACCAGGGGACGAAGAAAAGGAGUGGGGCUACCUAAGUCCUCCGCAAAAACACAGCGCAGAUCACUUUUUUUUUAUUUCACUUUGUUGUCGUGUGUUUGUGUGUGAGGGAAAACCAUAUCAACAUGGAUCUGGAAUCGUACCUGUGGAUGGUCAUUUUUGGCUUCAUCAUCGCCUUUGUUUUGGCUUUUUCCGUGGGUGCCAACGAUGUGGCCAAUUCCUUUGGCACGGCGGUGGGGUCCGGCGUGGUCACACUGAAGCAGGCCUGCAUCCUCGCCUCCAUCUUUGAGACACUGGGCUCUAUGCUGCUGGGAGCCAAAGUGGGCGAGACCAUCCGCAAAGGCAUUAUCGAUGUCAGCUUGUACAAUGACACGGUGCCUGUGCUCAUGGCGGGGGAGGUCAGCGCCAUGGUUGGCUCGGCAGUGUGGCAGCUCAUCGCCUCCUUCCUCAAACUGCCCAUUUCCGGAACGCAUUGUAUUGUGGGCGCCACCAUCGGCUUCUCCAUGGUUGCCAUCGGCACCAAGGGUGUCCAGUGGAUGCAGCUGGUUAAGAUUGUGUCGUCGUGGUUCAUCUCUCCCUUGCUAUCUGGACUUAUGUCUGGAAUCCUCUUCAUUCUCAUCAGGAACACCAUCCUGAAUAAGGAAGACUCUGUUCCCAAUGGCCUGCGAGCGCUGCCGCUGUUCUACGCUUCCACCAUUGGGAUCAACACUUUCUCCAUCAUGUACACUGGAGCACCAUUGCUUGGCUUAGAGAUGCUCCCGGUGUGGGCAAUCUUUCUCAUCACACUUGCCGGAUCACUGGUGUGUGCGGCUGUGGUUUGGAUCGUCGUCUGUCCAUGGAUGAGAAGGAAAAUAGCAAGUCGUCUAAAGCAGGAGCAGGCCUUGUCCAGGAUUUCUGACGAAAGCCUGGACAAGAUUCCCGAGGAGGAAGAGGAAGGCCCUGUCUUUAAAGAGCUGCCCGGGGCGAAGGGCACAGACGAAGCUGUGCUGCCGCUCACUGGAGGCAGCAGUGAAAGGAACCCUCGUACCUCCAACAGCGAGCUCACCAACUUGGCCAACGGAGGCGCUGUCAUGCCCAACGGCCGAGUUUAUGGUCGCACCCACUCAAUGACCAACGGCUGCCUCAAGUCACCAGUUUCCAAUGGCAGUUUUAGCUUUGAUGGCCAUAUGCGCAGCGAUGGCCAGGUAUACCACACUGUGCACAAGGACUCAGGUCUGUAUAAAGACCUCCUACAUAAAAUACACCUGGGCCGCAUGGACGACAACGAACGGCCAGGCGCCAGUGCAGCCCAGCCCGACAACAACUACCGCCUGCUGCGUCGUAACAACAGCUACACUUGCUAUACAGCCGCCAUCUGCGGCAUGCCUGUCCAGCCGCUCAUGCGCACAGAGUCGCGGGAUGACAGCGAAAAGCUGGUCGGGGAGGGCGGCGGCGGCGGCCGUAGCAACAGCGUGUCGUACUCCAAGAAGCGUGUACGCUACGACAGCUACUCGUCAUACUGCAACGCCGUGGCAGAGGCGGAGAUAGAGGCAGAGGAGGGUGGUGUGGAGAUGAAGCUGGCCACCGAGCUGGAGGGGGUGGAGGAAGAAGGGGCGCCCGCUCCUGUGCCUCUGGAUGACUUGGCUGAGGAGGAUCACGAGGAGAAGGACAAGCCUGAGGUUUUCCAGCUUUUCCACUUCCUGCAGAUUCUCACAGCCUGUUUUGGCUCCUUUGCACAUGGAGGCAACGAUGUCAGUAAUGCCAUUGGACCCCUGGUGGCGCUGUGGAUGAUCUACGACCAGGGUGGCGUGAUGCAGGAUGCCGCCACUCCCAUCUGGCUGCUGUUUUACGGCGGCAUAGGCAUCUGUGCUGGCUUGUGGGUGUGGGGCCGCCGGGUCAUCCAGACCAUGGGGAAAGACUUGACGCCCAUCACACCAUCAAGGUGGGCUCCGUGGUGGCUGUUGGCUGGAUCCGCUCCAAGAAGGCGGUGGACUGGCGCCUCUUCAGGAACAUCUUCCUUGCGUGGUUCGUCACUGUGCCCGUGGCGGGCCUGUUCAGCGCUGCUGUCAUGGCCGUCUUCGUCUACGGCAUCCUGCCCUUUGUGUGAGGGGAUGUGGCCGGGAGGGAGGGAGAACCACGGAGGACCUAACAGUCAGAGAGAGAGGAAAGGACUGGGUGUUGAGAGUGGGGGUGUAGUAAGACGGGAUGACGAAGGGUCAAAGGUGAAGAGAAGCAGAAACAACGGGAUGUGAGGAGGGUUGGUUCACAUGCUGGCUGGCUCAAAUUAGCACCCUUCAAUCUUGUGUACAUAUGGCUAAAUUCCACACUACAAAAAACAUGGCUGGCAUGCGUCGACAUGACAACCGCAGCUCAGUGAAUCAGUUAUUCCAAUAUGCCAGAAAGCGACUGUACAUAUUGCUAUCAGCAUCAUACAGGAAUUUGUCAUCUUGAUUUAAAGUGGAAAAAGAACUAUAUCUGUGUGUGGUCAACCAACCCAUCUCACCUUCCCCUCAUGCUAGCCAGGUACAAGUGAGAGGGGAGAUGAUGGAGCCUCAAUGAGGGCUGAUGAAACUGUCGCUCUGCAUUUUUUUUUGUUUUUAUCACUUGAUACCGUACAAAAACCUGAUUCACUACAGAGUUGAUUUGUUUGUAUGGAUGGCCUGUUUUUAAAAGAUGUACUAUACCAUAAUCUGUACUGUAAAUACUCACCUUCAAGAGGGUGAAAGUGGGGUGAUCAUAUUUUGUUGUUUUUAAACUGUUGGGAAGGAUGUGCACCUUGUCAUCAUGAUGUCAUAUUUUGUUUUUAUCACGCUAUUUUUCUGACAAAUUAGACAAUAUGUAUACAAGGAGAGGCCCUCCUUGGUGUAAUACUGUAAUGCCCUGGCGCUCCGCUAGGUGGCGGCAAUGCUUUUCUUAGCUGGUUUGCCGGAUGCCACGCAAAUGAAAAGAAGAGGACUAUGUUGGCGGCUUUUGUCUGAAGAACAUGGCGGCUCUUUCGAGACACUCACCAUGCCAAAGUAAGCUAAUCUCGUCGCCACGCCAACGUUUAAAAGAAUUAUUAAGUUUUAGGUGCAGCGAAAAGCCAAAACACACACAUACGCACACACACCAAAAAAUAUCAUGCCUUUUUGUUGGUAUUUUCCCCGUUUGGUGUCGUGCUACGUGAUCUCAAGAUGCCUCAAACCUCUAGAUUGUGUCAUAUCAAGAACUACCGUUGUAUUAUUCAUAUUAUUAAGUCAUGCAGAGCUAAGAGGGUUUCAAUCUUAUCUUAUCUUGGUGUGUAGCUCCUCCAAACCUGCUCUUUGAAACCUAGAAAGUAAAAUAUCACCUUAUUAAUGUUAGAUGGUACCUGAUGGGAAUUACUGAUCAUCACCAGCGCUCUAACAAGGUCACGUGACAUGACCUGUAGACGAACAAGCUUUUUUUUGGGGAGGGGAGAGAAAUUAUCAGAACAAAAUCAAGUUGCUUGUGGUGUGUGUUUUCCUAUAUUUUAAUUUCUCAUGAACAAACUAUGCUUACGUAGCCACUUGCCUUUGUAACAUUGUGUGUUUUCUUUGUGCAGAUGAUAAGUACUGUGGUGUUUACAUUGUAACCAUAUCAUGUAGAUGACCUGGAAACAAAAGUACAGUUGCCUCACAAUGCCAGUGAAAGCGAAACACAUGAAUUAACUGGAGUAAGUUUAAAAAAUAUAUAUAUAUAACCAGAAGUGUCUCGAGAGCGAGAGUACGAUAAAAGUGCAGCGUGAUGAGUUGUUUUAUUUUUGUAGCUGUAGCGCUAAUCACCAUGCCGCCACUUUACACUGCAAAGAGUUUAUCUAGAGACAUUUCAUCAAAACUAUAUAUUUUUCUACAAUAUUUUAACGGAGGGGAUGAGUGGACACGCUGCAGAACAUGCUACUGUGGCUGAUGCUAAGCUUGUCUAAGUAAAAACCCAUUAAAGUGCGUCGUCUGCCAAUAGGUCGAGGUUUGGGAACUUCAAAUUUUAUUUUCUAUUAGUUGUCAUUGCAAACACUUUGUCAUUUUGUUACCCUGCUGCUUCAAUGGGUAUGCCAUUGAGGGAGCGUUAACCGCCAAAAUGGAUAAAAUUGACAGCUACACUGUUAAAAAAAAAACAAGUAGCUGUGACUUUGGGGAGGUGCUUGUACCAUUUUAGUGAUUAACCUUGAGGGGGGUGCACAGAGGGCAAGGGAGCCUGAGGUAGAGCCUGAAGUAUGACGCUUCUUGAUGGAAUUAGUUUGCAUGCAUAAGACCUGAUGCUGUAAAUGGGCCAUUGUUAGCUACUCAAAAGCAUGGGCAAUUAUAAAAAAUGCCCCCUCCCCCCUUCCUGGCUAACUCCCACUGCCAUCGUUUUUGUCAUCAUGCAUUUGCAGCCCUCAGAGGCCAGAAAGGACACACUGUGCAAACACAGAGCAAAAGACAUAGGGUGGCAAAACGCCCUCUAGUGGCAGCGUUUGAGACACAAAUUAUUUCAUCUAAAGAUUAAGAUUAACCCUUCCAGCUGUGUAUUUCCAAAUAGAUCAUAAAGCGCUUGUUUGGGUUUUAAAUUCCUCAUUACAAAUUCAGUGGAACCUCCAUAAGUCAUUCUUUGCGAUGCUAGUUGACUCCUAGGCCUGCCAUGGUAAUUGAUACAUUGUUUAAUCAAACAGGUCGAUAACGUCCUUGAUAAAUUGACAUGGGCAUUUAUGUGUCUUUCCUCAACUUCUAAAUUGUUAUAAUUUUAAGUACAGUGAUUGAUUCAGUUUCAGGCAUGCAUGGUAAAAACCUCAUGUCCAGUUUUAUCAGUCUUAGAAGUAUUAAAAGAAUGUAACUACUGUAUAAUAAAAGAAAAGUAAAGUAAAACUACUCACAAGCAUAAUGGACGGGGAACAAGAAUGUGUCUACAAAGCAACACUGUAGAAAUUGCAGCAAUUAAUACAUGCUGUGUAGCAUAGAAGUAUAUUUACAUCAGCUUGCUGAUGUAAAUAAAAAGGGUCCAUGGUUAUCCUUGUCUUCUAUUCUUGUCAUCUGUCUUCACUGGUACUGUAGGGCUGGGCGAUACCGACCAAAACUUAUAUCCUGAUAUGUUUAGGUUGAAUAUCGAUAUACGUUAUAUAUCCCAAUAUUUCUUCCACAAACUGAAGUCAACGCCAAAUAUGCAAUUUAUUGAAAUGUAAACAAUCUUAUAGAACCAGAGCUGCUGAAAUAAAAUAACAGACAUAGGAUAGGCGGACAAUAAUAUUGUUUUCUCUUUAAUAAAUCUAGAAAAUGUUAAAUCUUCAGCGCAAUCAUCUUUAUACAGCAACCUUUAUACUGUCUUUUUCUCUAUUUACUCUCACUAUGCGGCCUCUCCUCUGUAUCUCUGUGGAGGAUCUACAAUCGCUCCGUCUAGCGAAAGGGUGCUCAAAGCUAGCAGCUGCUCCUGAGUGUAAACAAUUUACAAACGUAACAAGAUGAACAUCCAUAGCUGCACACUUGCUUAGGGGGUCCGGUAUGACAUCAAAAACAAUAAAGUCAUAAAUAAGGCACUAUUAAACACUAAAAACAUCACAGAAGAUACGGACUCAUGAGACCUCCACAUCCAAUCUAGUCGAUAUCGAUAUGAACAAUAUGCUUGUUUUUGAAAUUGCGCUUAAAAAUAUUGAUAUAUCACCCAGCCCCAACUGGUACCCUCCUAUGGUUGGCCUUACUUUUUUUUAUUUUUUUUAAGCAAAAUGCUUUUAUGGUGUUAAUCCUUUGAAGUUUUUCGGCAUAUUUUUGCAGAAAAUGUUUGAGCGUUCAUCUCUGGAGGUUCUACUGCAAUGGAAGUCAUUUUAGCAUCGUUUGUCAUGUGCAAAUGCACAAAGCCCUUACACGAGUAACUUAUUUGUAUAAUGUCAUAAAAUAAAAUGAGAAAUAUACACAAAGAGUAACCAAAGGAAACAUAAUUUUUUAAUAUUUUAUUUUUGCCUUUUAGGCCAAAUUCCAGGUUGUUCCACCAACAAACUAUCUGGCUGGCCGUAUUGACAAAGAACAUCUACGUACGGUAUGAAAUUUCAUAUUAUUCCAAACUAGCAAUCGUCCCACGUUAUGAUGUAGUGUUUAUACAUUGCCACUAGAUGGUGUUAUUUCCUCUGCAUAUCGACUAGCGUGGUCACUUCUGUCCAACUUGAAUGGUUUUACAUAUUAUGGAGCAACUAAAAGAACACGAUGUGCCAUUUUUCUUCUGCCUGACGUCGCUAUCGCUCCUUGACGUGUAGCUCUACCCACCCCGCUCUGAUAGCGCCCUUUAGUGUGUGUGUGUGUUGCCAGAGGGUCAGGUCAGCAUGGCGUGCUCAGUCAGUCUGUCUCCAGUUUGGUGGUAGAAACACGUGUGUCUCCUCUUCCUCCUUCUCGCGGGCUUUUACAGCUCUGUGUUGUCUUUUUAAUGUUUACUGCUACGUAGCCGUCUGCUCUAACGACAAAUACAAUACAUGGAUUUCAAACAAAAAAGAAAGAAAACUGUAGCCUGCUUUGACGACAUCUUAACACCUCUGCUGAUUUGCUUCAAUCGUACUGUAAUGUUUUAUUUAAGAUUUUAGUGAGGAAAACAAUGUCUGCAUUUUAACUAAAUUAUGGGGAUUAAAAUGACAAAGAACACCCA